AUGGCCCCGAUCAGCUUCAAGCCUCAGCUCGAGAAGCCGCAGCCUCCAUCGAAACACGCAGUCAUCUCCUAUCCGGCCACGGGAGUAUUACUAGUCCGCCUGAACCGACCGAAAGAUCUGAACUGUAUCAACGACGAGUUCAAUCAAGAGCUGGAGAGAAUAUGGAACUGGUUGGAUGAAGAGCCGGCUCUAGUCGUGGGAAUCAUUACAGGCACGGGCAGGGCGUUCUGUGCUGGUGCAGAUCUGAAAGGUGCACUCUAUCUGGGCAUUACAGAUGAGCGGUAGUGGAAUGCUGACAGGCACAGAAUGGGACACCAUGAACAAGAGCAAGAAGCCGCGAGCCAUGUCAGACCAAGGCUUCGGCGCUCUCUCACGAAGAGGCGGGAAGAAACCGAUCAUCGCAGCCGUCAAUGGCAUCUGUUUCGGCGGCGGCUGUGAGAUGAUUAUCAACUGCGAUCUCGUCGUGGCCGCAAAGAAAGCCACAUUUGCUCUGCCUGAAGUCAAAAUCGGUGUCGUGGCCGCUGCCGGAGCGCUGCCCAGGCUCAUCAGGACCGUGGGCAGACCAAGAGCCAUGGAGUUAGCUCUGACGGGGAGACCUAUCUCGGCAGACGAGGCAUUAGAAUGGGGAAUGAUCAACAAGGUGGUAGGAGACAAGGAAGGUGAGGUGGUCGAGGCGUCUAUUGAGUAUGCCAAGUUGAUUGCCGCGAACAGCCCCGACGCGGUGAUCGUGAGUAGAGAGGGCAUCAAAUUGGGAUGGGAAGGGAUGGGAGCGGAUGAGGCAACGAGAUAUGCGUUGGAAUAUUGGCAGCCUCGACUCCAAGCUGGUGACAAUCUGAAGGAGGGAGUCAGAGCCUUCGUCGAGAAGAGGAAGCCCAAAUGGAAAGGAAGCAAGUUGUAA